UUUUGUUGCAAUUCAUUUGAAGAAAAUGCCCGCAUUUGUAAUAUUCAAUUUAGAUCAAAUCAAAUUGAUAAAUUGAAAUAAUUGGCCAAGUCAAUAGACCGCAACGCUCAUCUCUAUGCCAGAGCAGAAGCAACGCUGCGCGCAUGUGUAGAGCGAGAGCGGGCAACGCUCGUUUUGCAUAGCUCUCCGCGGACAGCUGCGAGCGCUCCGUUCGGAAGGGAGUGGGGCAGAAUUUGCAAGUUUUUAUUUAUUACUCAUCCAGCGAGUAUGCAGUCAUCGAAAGACUUGUAAAAACCAGGUCCAGUUGCAGGUCCAAGUUCGAGCUCGUUGCAUAUGCGCAUAUUUUGUUGUAACAUAUGUGCAAUUUGUUGUGGGCGACCGAGCCAAGCGAUAAAGUGAAUGCGAAUUCGAUACACCAAGCCAACUGUGCGAGUGUGUGAGUGUGCGUGUGCGUGAGUGUUUAUUUAGAGACCAAGUGAAGCCCCAGCUCCAUUGAUAGAUAGAUAGCAAAACGCAAGCUGCUGUGCGUAGCUGAAUUCCCACAGUUGAACGACGCCCGAUGCCCGGCUUCCAUCUCAAUGAAAUGGGCGAAAUGGUCUUGGACGCCAUCGAUGACAUUGGCGUGGUCGAUGUCUACGAUCUGGCAUCGGAUAUUGGCAAGGAGUAUGAACGCAUCAUGGAUCGGUAUGGCACCGAUGCGGUAAGUGGCCUGAUGCCCAAGAUAAUUAACACCCUGGAGCUGCUGGAGGCGUUGGCGACGAAAAACGAGCGCGAGAACUCCACCAUACAGGAGCUGCGCGAGAAGAUAGCGCAGCUGGAGAGCGAGAAGCUGGAGAAGGCCGAGUUUCGGCGGCGCUUCGAAAAGGAAUUGGAGCUGAUUGAGGAGCAGUGGCGCAGCGAGACGAACGAGCUGGUUGACUUGGUCUCCUCGCUGCAGGACGAGAACAAGCGGCUCGUGAAGCAGACGCAGGAUCUGCAAUCGUCGUCAGCCCAAAGCUCCGGGCUGGGCGCCAGCCUCACCGAGAGCAUCAUCAGCAUGACCAACAAUGAGCUGCACAGCGCGCUCUCCGACACGCAGGUGCUGCAGCGGCUCAAGGAGCAGAUAUACAAGCAGCGCGACGAGCUGAAGCAGCGGGAACGCGAACUCCAGGACAAGUACAGCGAGCUGGAGCAUGUCAACAUUCAGGCGGAGCGUCUGAAGGCAUCGGAGCGGGAUACGCGACGCCGGCACAAGCUGAUGCAGGCGCAGGUGAAGACGCUGUGCGAGGAGCGUGCCGAUUUUCUCGCCCAACUGCAGGAUCAGUGCCGCGAGAUCAAUCAGCUGCGCAAGCGUUUGGGCCUGGCCGAGAAGGAGAACGAGGAUCUGGUGCAGUCGUACGAUGACGAUCAAAACGAUCCAAACCGGCCGCGCUAUACGACGCGAGAGCUAAAGGAUCUAAUCAGCGAGCGCGACGAGCUACUCACGACCAUUGACAACCUCAACGAGCAGCUGGCCGAGCUGAAGCCUGCGAGCAGCGGCAAGCGAACACGUCAAAUAUCCAGCUCCGAUGACAGCGACGACGAUGACGACAACGAGGCCGAUGACGGCGUCGAGGCCGAUGUCGAGGACGACAAUGUGGCCGGCGAGACGCCACCUGGACACGACGCGCCCGUACAGGGACCGCUGCCCUAUGAGCCAGACGACGCGCCCUGGAAGAAGAGCUCCGAGUCGGGCAUACGCAAGUUCUUCCGUAAACUGUUCUCGGAUCCAUCGGAUGGCAGCAACACUUUCCCGAAACGUUCCUUGGCCACGCUCUCGAAAAUGGCGCUCUCCGCCACGCCCGGCAGUGGCAGCGGCAGCGGAGGCGGCGAGCCGAAGUAAAUGCCUUUUAGCCUAAGAGCCAACUGCAUUCCAAAAAAAAAAAAAACAAACCUACAACAA